AUGGAUUUUUUGAAUCAGAUAAAGAAACGACAAAGGGAUAUAAAUUUAUCCAACCUUAUGAAUUUUUCCCCUUUAACAAAUGAAGAAAGAAAUCACUUAAUGAAAAUAUAUGGUCUUUUAGCUAUGGGAACAAUAGUUAGUGCCUUAAGUUGUUAUGUGGAUAUUUAUUAUUUUAAGGUACCAAGAUUUAUUGCUUCUAUAAUUAGUUUAGUUUGUUCAUUUCUUUUAGCAUCCUCAUGUAAUUCUCAUUAUCAAUUAGUUGAUACAUCAAAAAAAAGACUUGUAUAUUUUGCUGGUAUAUCAUCUUCUAUUGGUAUUUUAAUUAGUGACUACAUAAAUUAUGUUAAUUAUUUAAACCCAUCAAUACUUCCCCUAGCCUUUUUUGGAAGCUUAUCUAUAUUUUGUUGCUUUUCCUUGGCCGCCAUCUUUUCAAAAAAUAGGAUUUCCAUAUUUCUUGGGGCUGUUUUAUGUGCAGUUUGUUCUUAUGUAGCCUUAAUUUCAUUUAUGAACUUUUUCAUAAGAUCAAAAUUUAUAGACACCACAUUAUUAUAUACUGGAUUUUUUAUGUAUAUGGGAUUUGUUUUAUUCGAUACUCAGAUUACACUCUUUGACUUUAGAAGGGGAAAUAAAGAUUACAUAAUGCAUUCCAUUUGCCUAUAUUUAGAUUUAGUCGGAUUGUUCACACAUUUAUUAAGAAUAUUAGGACAAAAAGAAGAAAAGAAAAAAAAGUAA